GCCGUAAAGUCCAUUAAUAAAUAAAUGCGGUAAUAAAUAUGAUGGACGGAAGCGAGCGGGGGUCUCCCUUUCUCCGACUACAAAUUCGCUCGGAAAACCUUUCUUCGCUUCCGUUCAUUUCCCGCCACCGCGUUUUUCCCAUUUCUCGACCCAAAAAAAGAGGAGGACGUCGACCGCAGAAACCCAUCCCUCCGUAUGAUGCCUCGGCUUCAUUCCUUAUUCUCUCCGUCUCCGUAAUCUCUACAACCGCGCGUCCUCUCUGUCUCUCCCAUCGUUGCUUGCCAUGGAGUCGAGAAAUGGGGAAGUUCUUCGAUUUGUUCUUGCUGUUGGACGCUUUCUGUGGAUAACCGCCUUUUUUCUUGGCGUUCCGGCGCUGUCAUUUGCGGCUUCCUGGGAGGAUGGACAGACAAUGCACUUGCGCCUAUUCCACCGCAAUGAGCUGGAAUUCCGGCAGCCGGCCGGACACCACGACGAUGAGGAAGCGAUGCUGCAGUACCUAAGGGAGCUUACCGAGCGGGACCUGCUCCGGCAGAGGAGGAUGUAUAAUAUGAUAUCUCCUAGUCGACGGAAAGCCGCUGAGAUCGAAUCCGGUCUCGCGGCAGAGAGAUCCUUCGAGGCGCCGAUUUCGUCCGGCGCUUAUGUCGGGGUUGGCGAGUACUUCGUCAAACUUCGGGUUGGAACUCCGGCGAGGGAGUACCUUCUGGUCGCCGAUACAGGGAGCGACCUGACGUGGACGAAGUGCGCGUCCGACGAACAGCUUCGCCCGGGGGGAUUUCUCUCCUUCCCGGCCGUCGGUUCGGGGUCGUUCGUCCCUAUCCCCUGCUCCUCCGACAUGUGCAAGAGCGUGCUGCCGUUCACGCUCGCCUCUUGCCCGACUACGGAGAGCCCCUGCCACUACGACUUCCAGUACGUCGACGGAUCGUUCACGCGCGGGAUCUACGCUAAUGAGACGGUGAGCGCCCCGACUCCCGACGGGAUCGUGUCGGAAAUCCGAGACGUCCUGAUCGGUUGCAGCUCGGAGUUCCAGGGCAAGAGCUUCAACCGCAGCGACGGCGUCCUCGGGCUGGGGCAGAGCGCAGUAUCCUUCGCGGUCACGGCCGCGAAGAUCUACGGCGGAAAAUUCUCCUACUGCCUGGUGGACCAUCUCAGCCGCAGGGACGUCCACAACUACCUCGUGUUCGGCCAAAACCCUCGGUUCUCGAACCAGAGGGACGACGUCCGGUUCACGCCGCUGGUCCUCGACGCGUCCAUCCAGCCGUUCUACGGCCUCGUCGUCAGGGGCAUCUCGGUGGACGGCUCGUGGCUGCCGAUACCCGAGCUCGUCUGGAAGUUCCAGUUCUCCGGCGGCUCGGCCAGCAAUGGAGUCAUAAUCGACUCGGGCAUGACCCUGACGACGCUGGUCAGGCCGGCAUACGACGUAGUGAUGGCCGCAUUUCAGUGGUACUUUCGUAAUUCGGAGACGUUCCAGCUCGCGCCGUUCCAGCUGUGCUUCAACACGACCGGGCUAACGGCGAGGGAGACCAACAUGAUGGGGCCCAGAAUGGUGAUACAUCUGGGCGGUGGGGCCCGCUUCAUUCCCCAUACCGGAGGCUACAUCGUCGCGGUGGCGAGGAACGUCCGGUGCGUGGGGAUCGUCCCGGGGUCGUUCCCGGGGCUGUCCGUGAUCGGCAACAUCCUUCAGCAACACUACGUGUGGGAGUACGAUCUCUUGAAUGCCAAGUUGGGUUUCGCUCCUUCCCAUUGCAGGAAUUAGUUAACUCCCCUCAUUUCUUUCUUUUUCGCCCUUCUCUCUCCCCCACCUGACCUCCACCUCUCUCUCCGUCAGAUCUUGUGAUUAUUCAUCAAAGAGAUGAAGGGUCUCAAUCAUCAUAGAGGCCAAGGGGGCUUGAGGGGGAAGGUUGAAUAUUUUAUUCGGAUAUUUUACUUUGAUUUUUUUCAUAUACGUGUUUAAAUACAUAUAUAGUGGCAGUCUAUAAGGAGAAAGUUGGUAAGCCCUGUUCUUUGUGAUAACGAGAGUUUGUCUCUUUGCUUGUUUAAUUCCAUUUUAUCCGCCUUGUAUCCCAUGUCAUUGAUGAUUUAUUUGUUGAGAUUUGUCUCGA